CACAUCAUUUCGCUGAAUUAUUGGUGGCCAUACACACGUAUUAAAGUAUGCAUGUGUCUUCUUCACUUUUAUGGUUAUGUACUUAAUGUAAGUUUUGAUUCUUUUGACUUCCUCUUUGAGUCUCUAAUAGAUUUAUAAUCGAGUGGCUAAUGACAGAGACACCACACUUUUUGGGCAAAAUAUGAAAUUUGGUAUAUAAUAUUAUCAGCCUUAGUUUUAUCAUCAUUGAACUCAAACCAGUAUAAUGUACGUUAGCUGUUGACAUACAUAUAUCUUAUUCAUGUUUGUAUUUAUUUUUCUGUUUUGUGUAUGCGUUUGUGAUAUAAGUAUAUUACAACAAAAACAAUCUUUAUAUAUAAAAGACAGUUUAAUCUCUUCUUAGGCCAUCCACGUUCACUUCCUCUCGCGUCGACACGUGUCACUGACGACGAGGUGCUGCGUUUCAUUAAACUGAACAUGUUAUCUUCUGGGCCUCGCUCGAUCUUUCUGUGAUGGGCCUUUACACUCACAGCCCGAACGAUGUCACGACGUCUCCAACCCUAAGACACAUUACUCUCGCGUAACCCUUUUCUGCGCCGGCGACGCGUGACGUCUUCGAUUCCUUCCUCUUCGAUGAAACGGCCGGAGUUAUGUCGUCGUCUUUAUUCCAAUUGCAUUCAAUCCCUCGCUCAUUCAAUCCCUCCCUCAGACUCUUCGAUGCGCCAUUUGAACCCGAGCAGAUCUGUAUAAAUAUGUAAGUAUCUAUAGAUCUCCAGCGCAUCAUCUCUUUCUUUCUCUUGAGACUUUCUGAUUCCUGUUGCUAUGUCUAUUUCGAGAGUCUUCUUCUCUGACCUGAAGUCCGGCAAAUGCUCCUCCGUCGUCGAGGCCCGGCUUCUACGGUUCUGGGAGGCGAGGAACGUCAAACGCGGUGGCGAGCUGAUGUGGGUCGAUAUGCUACUUAUGGACGUGAAUUCGACUUUGAUCCAAGCUACUAUCAACGCGAAUCGGCUUCCAAGGUUCCGAGAUAGGCUCGCCGCCGGGACGAUGUACUCUGUUUCUGGCUUUGACGUGGCUCGCUGUGCUCAGAACUUCAAGCUUGCAGACUCUUCUUUUUUGACGUGUUAUCUGAUCCGGUCUCGCCAAUACCGGCAGAGGGAUUCCGGUUCCGUAACCAGACCGAGUUGGUUGGUUUAGCCAAUACAAACACUCAGCUUCCAGAUAUUAUUGGUGAAAUCGUGGCGGUGAAGAGCACCGUGUCUGACCCUCCGGAGGAUAAGAACCGUGUCAUGGUCACCGUCAAAUUAGAAAAUGAUGUGUCUGUCACUCUUAGUCUGUUUGACGCUCAAGCCGUUUUAUUCCACCAGAAGCUUGGAGGCAUGCGUGAUGAUCCUAAAGUGAUUGUUGCCACAAGCAUAAACCCGAAGAUGGUUGGAGGUCGUUUAUUCCUCAACGCAACGUCAGGAACACAUGUUUAUUAUGAUAAGGAGACACAUGCAGGAGAGUCUUUAUUUUACCGAUUGGUGGCUAGAGACACUGGUCUUCCGUCUGCCGCACCUCUCUUGAAGUCUUAUGCGAAGGUUGAGACUGUGACAAUUGCAGAGCUUAACCAUUUUAUCACUACGGAUUCGCCACAGCAGCAGGAAAUAGAUUUCUUAUGCACUGCGAGAGUUUCUCGGGUUGAAUCGGACAAAGGGUGGUGCUAUGUUGCGUGUUCUAAGUGCAGCAAGAAAUUGCAACGCACUGUCACUUCUUUCGAAUGUGCACGCUGUAAUAACCCUCAUGCGGUCGGAUCUUUACGUUAUCGCGUUGAGAUGGUUGUAACUGAUGAUACUGCUGAAGGGACAUUUGUUUGCUUUGAUGGUGUUAUGACGAAGUUGCAUAAUCUCCGGGCAAGUGAGGCGGUCCAGUUACUGGGUGAAGAAGGAGUGAACCCUGAGGAUUCCGUGAUGCCUCCGUUCGUUGCAGGAAUGGAACGCAAGACCUACACUUUCCAAGUCCGUGUCACGCCCUACAACUUCACCGUCAACCACCAGACGUUCACCGUGUCGCGUAUCAUCAAUGAGGUUGAGCGUGCACCAGCUCCAGAAUUUGUCGAUGAUGAAGGUGAUGACAAUGAUGAUGAUGAUGCGCCAGACGGGCCUAACAACCGUGUGGAGUCUGGUUCCGGCAAGGGCAAUUGUGAGACAUCAAAGAGAGCUGGAAAGGAGCCAGUCGGUAAUGUGCGUAAGAGGGCGCGUAUUGCUUAAGAUGGAUCUUCGAUAAUCAUCUCUCGAUAUUCUGCAGCUUAAUAAUGUUUCUGCAUUCUACUUUAUUGUCAUCUUUUUUCUAUCUAUGUUAUGGAUUUUCUACAUUCCAGUUGUUUUUUUUUCAAACUCUCUACUUUAUGGUUGUUAUGAAUGCUUUUUAUAUUGAGUUGACAUAAGUUUAAAAAAGGAACAAGUUGAUGCUUUA